AUUGAAUACCGUAUUGUAGUUGACUUGAUCAUCAAGUGCCAAAAUAGGGAGGUUGAAAGUUUUCUAAUCCUUAGAAGUGCCAACACAAGGGAAAGAAAUAAAUUAUUAGAGAGAUGGAAUUUGUUGUUAGAUAAGUUGCGGCUGCUGCGUGCAGUGAUGGGUGAGGGAGUGAGGUUGGCGGUGCUCGACUUGCCAUUGGCCGAGGAGCUGCAGAGACCCGGUUGGCUGGAGGCGGUUCUCAGAGUGCACACCUACCUCGCAGUCGCCGUCGACCUCGACUGUCCCCGCGCUCACGCUCUUCUCUCCGAGAGCUCGUCGCUGGGUCUGUUCAACACAAGCUUCUACUGGCUGCUGUUGAGGGACGAUGCCUCACUGCACCCUGAGCAGGUGAUUGACAGCAACCUGUCCUUGUCGCUGGGUUUAGAGACCGAGUUGACGCUGGCUGUGAACGCGUCAUCGGGCCGCCCCCGGCUCUACGACGUCUACCAGACGGCGCCACCCCCGUGGGGCCGCACCUUCGCCCCUGCCAUGAAUCUGCCCGGCAAGCCUGUCAACUGGAAUCCCCGCACCUGGAAGCUGGACGGCCGCACCAAUCUGCACGGACUUGUGCUUAAUGCAACCAUCGUUAUUCAAAAGUAUGGAAAUAAUGGUUGGAGACCAAGUGAAUCAGAAAUCAUCGAGUACCUCACCAACUAUGAACACAACUACUACGACACAAUGACUAAAUUCAGCUAUGCUGUUUUUCUCUACGCAACACAGCUUUUCAAUUUUCGGUCACGCAUGUUCCCGACUCCGUCGUGGGGCUACAAGUGGAAUGGCACUUUCGACGGCAUGGUCUCUCUGCUGAUGAACGGAACCGCCAACGUGGGCAUCACCACUGCCGGCAUCAGGACGGUGCGGCUGCCUGUCAUCGACUUCAUUUCAUCUCAAACCUGGCUCAAUGCACCGAAGUUCAUCCUGCGACACCCGCGCACGGCCCGCUCGACUCUGAACAUCUUCCUGCACCCGUUGUCGCCCGGUGUCUGGUUCAGCAUUGCCAGCAUCGUGGUUGUCACCGUGGCCGGCACGCACUUCAUCGGCUGGGUCCAGGUCAAGCUCAGUCAGCUCAACGUCACCGACAACACCUGGAGCAGCUGUCUCAUUCUCGUUGUUGGCGCAAUAUGCCAACAAGGAUCAUCUGAGGUGCCGAAACAAAUGGCUGGUCGCAUCUUCUUCCUGAGUCUACUCGUUUUCACAUUCGUUGUCUACCAAUUCUACACUUGUAGCAUUGUCUCAACUCUGCUUACCGAACCACCCAAGACCAUCCACCAACUGUCAGACAUCAUGCGCACGCACAUGACAAUUGGCGUCGAGGACAUCCUCACUGCUCGGGACACUCUCUAUCGGUUCCAAGCUGAUCCGGAAAUUCGUAAAAUGUACUUGACAAAAAUCAAACCGAAAAAAGAGGAUGCGUUUCACACCGUUGAGGAAGGUGUUGCUCUGAUGAAACGAGGUGGGUUUGCAUUCUACGUGGAUCCAGCUGCCGCCUACAAACUCAUCGAAGACACGUUUUCCGAGCAGGAGAAGUGCGACCUCACCGAGGUGUGGAUGCAUGAGCCUGAUGUGCACACUCUGCCCAUACAAAAGCGAUCACCAUAUAAAAAACUCUUCAAUUUUGGUAUGCGCCUGGCGUUGGAGUACGGCGUGGUGAAGCGGGAACGCCGCAAGUGGCACAGUCGACGGCCUGAGUGUGUGUUGGCCAAAAACCACCGCAGUCAUGUCAGCAUCGGAUUGAUCGAGUUCCGGCCAGCCUUGCUGCUGCUUGCCGCCGGCAUGAUGCUCGCCCUCUUCGUCCUCGUGCACGAGAUCAUGCACCAUCGCGGCGCCAUGCGUCACGCGAGGCAGAGACCACGUUACAGGGGACACGACGAACGAGUGGACAAAGCUGGACGAGGACGCUUUGCCAGAGGCUACAUUAGAUCAACAAGAGAUGACGAUGCCGGAGGCAUUGUCAUUAGUGGUGAUUAUGCAGACGAAAGAGGAAGGAGAGGUUUUGAAGGAGAAAGAGGAGCAAUAGAUACAGAGUACAGAGGAGCGAGAAGAGCUGAUGCUGACGUUUUGGAGGCCCGUUUGGGACUUGCAAAAAUGAGAAGAAGAUCCUUGCUGCCAGCCGUGGAUCCUAAUCCCUAGUUUCAAAAGAGUGGAAAGGUUUUCCUUUGUAAUGGACUCGAGGUCUAAGGAAAGUUGAGAAACAAAAAAGAAUUUAUGUUUUUCACCAUUAAAUCUGAUUAUCGCUGUGAGCCUGUAUUUCAAGAUGGAACAGUAUAGUAUUUAGUACUGUACUCUAUUAUGUAGAGUAUCUCUAGUAGAGUAUGUGUUAUGAUAGUGUUACCGAGGCAGCAAUAUUCAUAUUCAGAAUAUAGUGAUACGUUAGCCUAGUUUCCAUUCCACACAGUUAGCACAGUUAGAUGAUCAUAGAUAACAGAGAAUGACAAAAAAUUGAAAUUGAUAGAAAUUAGUGGAAUGUUAAUCUAGUUCUAUUACUCACAUUACUUAUGAGUAUAACAAUAAAUAGUGUUGAAU